GCUGCGAGCGCGCUUUGUUCCUCGUCUCCGCGCGCCAGCUUUUCUUCGUUAAGAUGGCCGGCGACGAGAGCUACGGCAACGUUUCCACGAUGGCCGCCGGAGAGCCUCACGCGGACCCUGAGCUGCCGCGGCCGGAGGCCAGGAACACGGAGGUGGAGUUCGCCAACAUGUUUGCACGCUUCGCUCGCCUGGCGCCGUUCAUGCAUCGUCUCCCGCCGGCAGGCCCAAACGUCUUCGUGCUGAGCGUGCGGUCGGGGGACGAGUUCCCGGGGCCGGCGGCGUCGGAGCGGACAGUGGGUUCGUCGGCGUCCCGGCGUCGGGCGAUGCCAUGGCUGCUCUGCCGGAGACGACGGUGGGCGACGGCGGGGCGGGGGAGGAGGAGGAGGAGUGCGCGGUGUGCCUCGAGGGCUACGCGGCGGGCGACCGGAGGCGGACGAUGCCGUGCUCGCACGGCUUCCACGGGCACUGCAUCCUCCGCUGGCUCGCGGCCAGCCGCCUCUGCCCGCUCUGCCGCUUCGCGAUGCCGGCCGAGGUGGAACCGGAGGCGGACGAUGAGGACGACGGCGUCACGUUCGAGCCGCUACCUAGCGAUUUUUGUGCUGAUGAAUAGUAUUCCGUAAGCUUUAAUGGUGCCCCACCAUGACCUGCUAUGUAUCUGACCAGCAGAAUUUUGGUUUUGGACAAGCUGAU